AUGGCAGGAUCGGCACCAGAAGGCACACAGUUUGAUACUCGUCAGUUUGACCAAAGGCUCAAUGAAGUCCUCGAGGGACAGGAUGAGUUCUUCACCUCCUAUGAUGAGGUCCAUGAGAGCUUUGAUGCUAUGGGUUUGCAAGAGAACCUUCUUAGGGGUAUCUAUGCCUAUGGUUUUGAAAAGCCUUCUGCUAUUCAGCAAAGAGGAAUCGUACCCUUUUGCAAGGGUCUUGAUGUGAUCCAGCAGGCUCAGUCUGGUACUGGCAAAACCGCUACUUUCUGCUCUGGUGUCUUGCAGCAGCUUGACUUCUCCCUUGUCCAGUGCCAAGCUCUCGUCUUGGCUCCAACCAGGGAGCUUGCUCAGCAGAUUGAGAAGGUCAUGCGUGCUCUCGGAGAUUACCUUGGCGUCAAGGUCCAUGCCUGUGUUGGUGGAACCAGUGUUCGUGAGGAUCAGCGUAUUCUCCAGGCUGGUGUUCACGUUGUCGUUGGAACUCCUGGACGUGUCUUUGACAUGCUCCGAAGACAAUCCCUUCGCUCUGACUCCAUCAAGAUGUUUGUCCUUGAUGAAGCUGAUGAAAUGCUCUCCCGUGGUUUCAAGGAUCAGAUCUAUGACAUAUUCCAGCUUCUCCCACCGAAGAUCCAGGUGGACUGGCUCACUGACAAAAUGAGGAGCCGUGACCACACUGUCUCUGCCACUCAUGGAGACAUGGACCAAAACACGAGAGACAUCAUCAUGAGAGAGUUCAGGUCUGGUUCUUCCCGUGUUCUCAUCACAACUGAUCUCUUGGCUCGUGGUAUCGAUGUGCAGCAAGUCUCUCUUGUCAUCAACUUUGACCUCCCAACUCAGCCGGAGAAUUACCUUCACCGUAUCGGAAGAAGUGGAAGGUUUGGGAGGAAAGGUGUGGCCAUUAACUUCGUGACUCGUGAUGAUGAGAGAAUGCUUUUUGAUAUUCAGAAAUUCUACAAUGUGGUUGUUGAGGAGCUUCCAUCAAACGUCGCCGAUCUGCUUUGAAGAAGAAGAAGAAGGAAAGCCACCGUUGUUCGCCUAAGAAGAAAAAGGUUACUUGUUUUGCAAGCUUCUUAUUUGAUUUUUGACCCAUCUUUCUGUCUCUCUUAAUCAUCGAUACCUCUUUCUCGUUUUCUAGUAUGCACCACCUCUUUCGAACAUAUUUGUCUCAUCUGACCAUGUUUCUUCUUAAUCUCAUGCAAUACUUAUUUAUUUUUCUUGUUU